UUGUUCGUCCACCAACAUUUGUUCCUUUCACCAUUGUUACCUGUGUCUCUAGAGAUUGGUUGCAAACCACCUAUUACUUGAAAAAUAAUAUUCGCCAGGUAAAGGAACGUGUGCGAAGCCGUAACGAAAUCUUGUGACAUUUUCGCGCGUAGAACAACUGCUAUAUUUUCUAUUGUCGAAGUUCAAAAACGAAAAAGCCGCACACACUGUAUUUGCCAAAUUAUUUGCUCAGUGAAACAGUCAAAUUGGUUUGGAUGUCGGCGGUAACAUUAAGUUUACGGUACUGGAAGAGCUUUACCAGGACACUACAUCGCAAGUGGAAGCCCGUUACCUGUAUGCUGUUCCUGCUUGUUCUUGCUACAUAUUUUCUUGGGAUGAAAACUUUAUUCACGACGCUGCCUCACCAGCUUCGCUUAAAACAGGUGGAUUUCCAGCCGAUACCUUAUACGAGGUUAGGAAAGUGCGAUCCGAAACCAGAUGGUAGCAUUUAUUGUCCCGAUAUUCGCAAGAAAGGGUCGACAUCGCUUCGACGAGCUCAACUAGUGCUAACAAGAGUUCUUCGGAUCUUCGAUAUCAUUUCCAAGAAGCACGGCAUUAAAUAUUGGCUCUGUAAAGGCACUCUAUUGGGAGCUGUUCGACAUAACGGACAUAAUCCCUUUGACAGUGACGUGGACAUUUGCAUCCCCAAAGCAGAAUAUCAAAAGUUUAUCGAAUCCGGUGUUAGUGAGCUUCCAGAUGAUAUAUUUUUCCAAACAGAGGACACAGAUGUUCAUUACAAAACUCCACCGCAGAGCGGGAUGCUGGGGAAAUUACGCGACACCAAAAGCUGUUAUAAAUACUGUUUGCGUCGUGGCUGCAAGCACGAAGAUGGUCUAAUGAUAGACAUGUUAGUGUUUGAAAAGGACAGGGAUGGAAACUUCAUCGAACUCUUUAGCCAUACCAAUUGGCUUUUACGAAGGUUUAUAUACGGACCCAUAAUAAGAAAAGAAAGCGACAUUUUUCCUUUAACAGAAAUGAAUUUUGAUGGAUUUUCCAUUCCAGCUCCUCGUGAAUGGAGCAAAAUUCUCAAGACGUAUUACGGCGAUUUUAUGAGAAUACCAUACGGGGCGCCGCCUGCCUUUCUUGAUUCAGAUGCACUGCGGAGCUGUGAGGAAAUAAGGAAAUCUUAAAAACAGUAGGAGUAAAACGUAAUGUUUGCUACCUGAUAAUCACGUUAAGUCUAAAACGAAUCUUCGCAUCGAAUCAUUUCUAAUAGUGAGAGCAGUAUCGAUGUAAGCCUAGGAAGGGGUUUACCCCUGGACUAUUCUUGGUAGGGAUUUCAGUGCCGCCCCAAAUCCUAAUCCUUUUUCAGGUAUAAACAUACCAAAUUUCCACACACCUCGGCCUAGUUGUUCAAGGAGCGAAAAACGUUAUCCAACAGAUAAAUCGCUAUCCAGCGGAUAAGAGUGGAUAAAAAGUGUUGCGGUAUCCACUGGAUAGCGAGUCACCCAGCGGGUAACCACAGGUUUUCUUACAAACUUGAUAGUAGAGAUGAGAGCUUUGAUGCAGUAUUUAAAUAGAGAAAUUUAGCUUUAAGGAAUAAUCAAGCCGCUUGUAUUUGAAAAUUUCGUCUAGUAAUAAAAUGCAGUGAUGAAU